UGAAAAAAAAAAAAGCAAGUGUAUAAAGGGAAGGUAGUAAGAGACAUUUCCUCAAAUUUGCAUCACGAUGGAAACCUUUUGCCUCAAGGUGUCCUUCUGGGUAGCGCUGGUUGGAUGUGUGAUCAGUGAUAAUCCUGAAAGCUACAGCACAAACCUAAGUACUCCAGUGGAUGAUUUCACCACUUUUCGUGGGACAGAGCUCAGCUUCCUCGUUACCACUCAUCGACCCACUAAUUUGGCCCUACCUAGCAAUGGCUCAAUGCACAGCUAUUGCCCGCAGCAGACUAAGAUUACUUCAGCUUUCAAAUACAUUAACACUGUGAUAUCUUGUACUAUUUUCAUCGUGGGAAUGGUGGGGAAUGCAACUCUGCUCAGGAUCAUUUACCAGAACAAGUGUAUGAGGAAUGGCCCCAACGCGCUGAUAGCCAGCCUUGCCCUUGGAGACCUUAUCUAUGUGGUCAUUGAUCUCCCUAUCAAUGUGUUUAAGCUGCUGGCUGGGCGCUGGCCUUUUGAUCACAAUGACUUUGGCGUAUUUCUUUGCAAGCUGUUCCCCUUUUUGCAGAAGUCCUCGGUGGGGAUCACCGUCCUCAAUCUCUGCGCUCUCAGUGUUGACAGGUACAGAGCAGUUGCCUCCUGGAGUCGUGUCCAGGGAAUUGGGAUUCCCUUGAUCACUGCCAUUGAGAUCGUCUCCAUCUGGAUCCUUUCUUUUAUCCUGGCUAUCCCUGAAGCUAUCGGCUUCGUCAUGGUGCCCUUUGAAUACAGGGGUGAACAGCACAAAACCUGUAUGCUCAAUGCCACAUCAAAAUUCAUGGAGUUUUACCAAGAUGUGAAAGACUGGUGGCUCUUCGGGUUCUAUUUCUGCAUGCCCUUGGUGUGCACUGCAAUUUUCUACACCCUCAUGACCUGUGAGAUGUUAAACAGAAGGAACGGAAGCUUGAGAAUUGCCCUCAGUGAACACCUUAAACAGCGUCGAGAAGUGGCAAAAACAGUUUUCUGCUUGGUGGUAAUUUUUGCUCUUUGCUGGUUCCCUCUUCACUUAAGCCGUAUUUUGAAGAAAACCGUGUAUGAUGAGAUGGACAAGAACCGAUGUGAAUUACUUAGUUUCUUGCUGCUCAUGGAUUACAUCGGUAUUAACUUGGCAACCAUGAAUUCAUGUAUAAACCCAAUAGCUCUGUACUUUGUGAGCAAGAAAUUUAAAAAUUGUUUCCAGUCUUGCCUCUGCUGCUGCUGUUACCAGUCCAAAAGUCUGAUGACCUCGGUCCCCAUGAAUGGAACAAGCAUACAAUGGAAGAACCACGAACAAAACAACCACAACACAGAGAGGAGCAGCCAUAAGGACAGUAUUAACUAAACAACUUAAGAAACAUUAAUCAAUAUUCCUUCAAAGUCUGUUGAAGAGAAAAAAAAAUCACGCAGCAACUGUGUUUCCAGAAAUCUUUUCUCCAAGUCUUCUCCCAUGAUGCAACCCCAACCCCAGAAAAAUGCUUUCCAAAACAUCAGAGGGUGGACUGGUUUAUAGUCACAAAUUCAAUGAGUCUUUCUUCUUUAAUUUAUCUAAUUUACAUAUUCUGAAUGUUAUAUUCAGCACCAAAAAAUGUUGGGAGUUAGCAGGGAGAAAGGAGACUGUUCAAUUAAACCAGAAGGAUAUUUGCUACUUUUGCAUGAAAAUAGAGUCUCCGAGUACUUAACAGCUUCCAUGGCAGUUCUAUGGAAUGUUCCAUGAGAACUGGUCAUAAUGAAAAUUUUGCAAUCUUGACAAGGUUUUCUUUUUUUUAAUUGGCCAAAGACAGUAAGAUGAGCAAUUAGGUUAAUGUUUUUCAUGUCACUUUUUUGAUUUUUAAAACAUCAAUUCUCAAGCUGCAACAAAUACAGCCACUUAAAGCACAGACUGAUAUCCACAUGUGGCAGUUUAAUAGCUGCUAUUCAAAGAAUUGUUAAGAACCUAUAUAUAUUUUUUUUUAAUGGUGUUUGAUUACAGGAGAUCUGGAGCAUAUUUUUAUGUUAAAUUUUAAAAUAAUGCUCGAAUCAAAUAAUUCUAUUUUUCACAAACCCAAUCUUUUUAAAAUGUAGAUAUUUUGUGUAAAACCAAUGUCAUGUACCAAAAUGUAAAUGUACAAAUCAUUCAACUAUACCCAAGACUUUCAGUGGAAUGUAUUGAAGUCUAAAGCACACUUUAUAGAAAAAGAUUGAAUCUUUUUUGAAGAUUUGGAAAUUUUCACUGAGACUUUGUUUUUUUGGUCAUAGUAACAUGUGUGUGUAUGUAUGUGCAUAUAGAUGUACAUAUAUAUAUAUGUAUAAUGUAUAUAGAUGUAGACAUAUCUAUAUACAUUAUACAUAUCACCUCAUAUUCUCUUCAUUUCUCUUAAAAUGUUAACUGGCAGUAAGACUUUUUUGGUCAUUCCCUUUUCCAUAUAAGAAACAGUUUCAAGGUGGCCAACUGAGUUUAUCAUGUCAGUGAAAUAUAAUUAUCCCCAAAUGCCACCAUGAACUUACGGUUCUUCACUUCCCUGGGUUUCCAGUAUGAAUCGAAACACCUCCCCCACCCCUGCUCCUCACAUGGUCACCAUUUCAAAGGGCCCACAGUGACUUUUGCUGGGCAUUUUCCAAGAUGUUUACAGACUGUGAGUAUGGCAAAAAACCUUUUACUGUGUGUAUAUAAAUAUAUAUAAACAACUGUACAUUUCUUUUA